UGGUUUGCAUGGUAUGGUGAAAUCCAGUAUGGCCGGCAAAGUCGACAAAAACUAAGGAAUUAAAUUCGUCUGAUGAAGUUGCUUUCUUGUAUAUUUUUCGUCGCUUGAGCAAUGUCUCGUGCUUGUUCGACGUGCGGUAGUAGUGAUAUAGAUUUUGAUCCAUCCCGUGGCGAUACUGUUUGUACAAAAUGUGGCUCAGUUCUAGAGGAAAGCGCGAUAGUUUCUGAAGUUGGUUUUCAAGAAACAAGUGCAGGAGGAACCAGUGUUAUUGGACAGUUUGUUUCAAAUGAAGGCAAUAAAGUUGGCCAGGGUUUAGGAUUCAGGCCAGGCUAUGGUAGAGAAUCAAGAACUGUCACAUUAGAAAAUGGAAAAAGACGUCUGCAGGCAUUAGCCAAUCAACUACAACUGAACAAUCACUGUGUUGAAAGCGCUUACAUGUUUUUUAAACUGGCUGUGAGCAAGAGAUUGACUAAAGGAAGAAGAACUGGCCAUAUUGCUGCUGCUUGUUUGUAUCUUGUUUGUCGUACAGAGAAAACACCUCAUCUUCUCUUGGACUUCAGUGAUGUCUUGCAGGUUGAUGUUGUCACAUUAGGAAAGGUUUACUUAAAGUUGCAGCAUGAGUUAUGCAUUAACUUACCUGUUGUAGAUCCAUGUCUUUACAUUCAUCGUUUCUGCCAUCAGUUUCAAUUAGCGGAGAAGGAGAAUGAUGUUGCAAACACUGCCUUGCGAUUGGUUUGUCGUAUGAAACGGGAUUGGAUCCAAUACGGUCGCCGUCCAUCUGGUUUGUGUGGGGCAGCGAUCCUGGUUGCUGCAAGACUGCAUGGGUUUAGUCGAACAAUUAAAGAGGUUGUAAAAGUUGUUCGUUUAAGUAACACCACAAUAAGAAAAAGACUUAAUGAUUUUAAAAAGACUCCAUCAGGUCAGCUCACUGUAGAUGAGUUUAACACUAUCGAUUUGGAAGAAGAACAGGAUCCGCCAUGUUUUACUGAGGCAAGGCAAAAACAAAAACAACAGCAAUUGAAUGAGAUUGAAGGUAUCAACAAACCAGGAUUGGCUAGUGAGUUAGAAGAACUACGAAAGCAGAUUGAUGAAAGAUUAGCAAAAACUAAAUCGCGAUGGAACUCAAAGAAUUCAUUUGAUUCAAAUGAUGCAGACAUAAGCUCUCUUGGUUCAACAAUCUCUAUCAAUAUGCCAAGCGAGGAUAGCAUGUUGGAAACAAGUGUUUCUACGUCCAUACUGGAUGACACAAUGGAUGCAUGUGAGAAGGAUGUGUGUGAUCAUGAUGGAGUAAAUAGGGAUAAGGAGAUUGAGGAAAUUUCAGGAGGAAAGGAAGCAACAACAGAGGGAAUUUUAGAAGAAAAAGAAAAUGAUUCUGCAGUGGAAGAACAGAUAAUUGAUAACGAAGAAGAUGGAAAUGUUGAGAAAGGUGCAGAAGAAGACAAAGAAGAAAACCUUGAUGAUCUUGAUGAUGAUGAACUUGAUAGUUUUAUACUCGCAGACCAUGAAGUUGAGGUCAAAACUAAAAUUUGGAUGGAAGAGAACAAAGACUAUUUAGAGAAACAAAGAGAAAAAGAGGAAAGAGAGGCUGAAGAAAGAGAAAGAGAAGAAGCGGAUCCAAAUAAGAAGAAACGUCGCAAGCCUUACAAACGAAAACCCAAAGAGAAAGCAAACUCUGUUGGUGAAGCUGUUGAAAAGAUGUUAAUUGAAAAGAAAAUUUCCCACAAAAUCAAUUAUGAUGUUUUACGCAAUUUGAAUAAAGAAAAUGAACUUGAAAAACCAACAGAAUGUGAACCUAUUACACCAAGCAGCGAGCCUGUGGUUUCAAACUUGAUUCAGACUGUUCAACCCUCUAUACCAGUCAGAUAUACUGGACGAAAAAGAGACAAAAGUUUUCUACCAAAGUUACCAACCAAGAGAGUAAAGUUUCUGGAUACCACACUAGAGCGAAGCGCAGGGAGUAUGGUCGUAGAAAGUGGUCCAGUGGAAUAUGCAGAUCAGGAUCAUGAUGAAAUAGUUGAGGAAGAUGAGGAAGACAUACAUUUGAGUGCAGCACAAUUGAUGGGACAAGAAUAUGGCCAUGGCAAUGUUGAUGAAUAUGAGGACUAUGACAAUUAUUAAGAAUUCACGGAAAGAAUGGUCCUGGAUUUAUGAGUGGAACUGUUUGACAGUAUAUCACCAUUGCAAUGAGAAAUAAUGCAUAUAUUAUAUAUUAAUAUAUGAAAUUUAGAAUGAAUUUAUUAAUAUGACAUA